GCCUGAGCAUUGAUAGUUGUGGAUGACACUAGGAGAGUUGGGACAAUUUUCGUUGGUUUAUUUCUCACACUAUGCCAUGCCAACCCGAGGGGUUGGGGAUACAUAUUUAUAGGCUGCUAGCCAGCCAAGGCAUAUGCUAAGAUGCUGCCAAGAUGCCAGUCUAAGAUGCUAGUCUAAGAUGCUAGUCUAAGAUGCUAACUGACAGUCCUUGAUGGUCAAGAACAGAACUCUAUCCUAACAGCCAGUCCUUGAUGGUCCAGAACUUUAUCCUCCUAACUGUCACAAAGACCAUGUGCUGCAGCCCCACAAGGACCCUAGUACACAGACUUAUCCAUCAAACUGGGUGUGCUUCCCAUUGUUGGCGACAUGGGAGUUGGGAAGACCACCCUUGCACAGCAUGUCUGCGAUGAUGAGAGGGUGCGCAACCACUUUCCAAUGAUUUUGUAUUCCAAUUUCUCAUACACCAGAGCAAUGGCUUGGGAUGAGGCACCGUUUGUUCUAGGAUCCAAACACGCAGUUAGAGAUGUGCGAAAAUUCAUCGAGUCACUGCAUGUACUCGAGGAGAAAUGCCUCACCAAGAGGUUUUUAUUGGUAUUUGAAGAUGUUGACGCAGGCAAGAAGCAGAUGCUAGAAGAGUUACUGCCGACCUUAAGACAUGGCAAACGUGGAAGCAGGAUCAUAAUCACCACAAACAGCAGGGCCGUCGCUGCGAGCAUGGGAAGAGUGCAGCCGAUCAGUCUGAAGGUCAUGCCGCACCAGGAGUACUGGUUCUUCUUCAAGGCGCACGCGUUUGCUAGCAGAGAUGUCGAGGAGGACCCAAGGAUGCUAGCAGCAGGCAAGGUGAUUGCGAGGAAGCUAAAUGGGUCCUUCUUCGGAGCGAAAAUUGUCGGUGGGGUGCUGAAAACUCAUCCAAAUCCCUGGUUCUGGAACAAAGUGUUGAGGAGCAAUAUUGGGGGGUUAUCUCUGUUGGGCGAUGGAAUUGGGUACAUUGGAGAUUUUGCAGAGAAUUUGGUACCAAUCUACGUAGACGUGUGUAAGGUGACCAUUUCUAAGCGUCCAUUUCUCUUUCAUACGGAACUAGCUAGGUUGGACCAUUUGUAUCAGGCAAGUCCUGGUGCUAGUGCUGCUUGCCCGCAUGGUGAUAUCCGGUUCGCAAAAGUUCUGUUCUGCAGGUCAAUGUUAGCACUUAGCACUCCAACUCUUAUACUACACUGCUGAUUGGAAUGUGCGCGGGCCAGACUAUUCAGCAGAGUUCAUCAAAAUUUAAGGAAGUAGACUUGCCCAUAUACUCCCGUCAAGAAAAGGUUUGCCAAUACAUGUGUGUGAAGAUCAGACAGGACGCCUGUUUACAUGGAAUCUGAUGCAAUCAUCCCCCAUGGAAUUGACCAGUACGUGCAGAGCUGAAUGCUCUGUUCUGAGUUGUAUUGUUGCUGUUGUUUUUUCUUGUUUUGUUUGGUAUAUAUAUACAUGAAACUGGCUCCAAUAACCGCAACAUGGCCCUUGAUGUGUAGAAUGACAAGU